AUGCCGGAGAGAUUUGCAGCGAAGGCAGUAAAGAAGGCGAAACGUGUCCACUGGGAUUUACAUGCCCAGAGGGGACGUCUGUCAAAACGUCAUUCCCUUGUCCUCCAGGGACGUAUUCGGAUCAUGCUGGCAGUUGCACUUCUUGCCCGCAAGGCUUUUAUUGUGAUAGGCCAGCAAGCGAUGCACCUAGUGGACAGUGCAAGGCUGGAUAUUACUGCCCUGCCGGGACCAAAUGGAAGGAGCCUACGACCUUCUGCAAACAUGGAGAAAUAUGCCCGCCUGGGUCGGCAACUCCCCUGGACUGCCCACCUAAUCACUUUUGUAAUACCAUCAAGCUCGCGGAGCCUUCGGGCCCCUGUAGUGGUGGAUUCAUCUGCACCUCUAGAUCAGCCAGUCCCAGGCCAAUCGGGACCGAAAAUGGCUCCGCCUGCGAAGAAAAUAUGCAUGGGAGGCCUUGCCUCAGAGGCCAUUACUGCCCUCGCCGUGAGCCGCAAACUAUCGCUGCGCUAUGGUUGCCUUUUGCCAUUAAACCGAAUACGGUCAAUUUCUGCUGCACAAGCGCAAGCAAUUGUAUGGUUGAACCAGCAUCAAACCUCUGGCGAAUGUUUAAUAUCUGCUGGCUCUUUCUCAGCCGAUUCCCCCUUGAUUGCGGGGACAGGUUUUGCCGGCAGUGGAGGAGAUGGACUUCCCGGCCCGGAGACGCUUCUAAUGCUCCCUGCAAAUGCUAUAAUGGAUGCAGAUACGGGCGACGUGUACGUUGCAGACUACAGCAACUAUGCUGUGAAAGUAGUCCAUGGAGAGACAGGCAGAAACGCGAUUGUUGAGCACGAUGUGGCACUGCGCUCUUCCACAUUGAUGAGCAGCAUUAGUGCUCAAUUGUCGAAGCCACUGGGUUUAGGAGUGGAUACAGAUUGCAGCAACCUGUACAUUGCUGACAGGAAAGGUGAUGCUACGUCAAACACCCCUCUUAACUCAUUCGAGGUUAACGUGCCUUCUGGAGUGGCGCUUCACAAUGACACCGUCUACAUUGUAGAUUCUGGGAAUAAGCGAGUGCUAGAAAUAAACACGAACACAAAUGCUGUCAAGGUACUUCCGGGAAGCGGUGCCGGGACAACAUCUGGCGGCGGCGAUAGCUCCUCUGGGGUCGUCUUUGAGAGGCCGGUUUCAGUGGCAAUUGCUGAUCGGGAGGUAUUCAAACAGCCAUCCUUCGAACUCACUUCUGCCUCUUGCUUAGAAAAAGUUCCAUAUCUGGAAGCAGUAUGCGUGAAGGGCAGGAAGCGAACAGGGGUGCUUCUUGCUGACAGUUAUACCCACCGAAUACGCCGUAUUGAACUUGAAGAGAACCUUUAUUUGCGUCCAGCUGUGUCGGAUAUCCCCUGCCCUGAAGGGACAUUUCUACCAUACACUGGGGCUGCUUCUGAGGCCGAGUGCAUAAAGUGCCCUUUUGGAAUGUACUGUAGCUCCCCUGGACUUAUCGAGCCUGAGGGUCCCUGCGUUGAAGGUUACUACUGCCCCCGAGGGUCGACAUCUCCUACUGCACACAAGUGUGCUCGUGGUCAUUACUGCUCUGCACAUUCAGGGACAAUUCAUGCUAAGGCAAAGCGCCCUAGUAGUAGGGAGCUGCCGUUGAAGCGUGAAGCCCUUACUGACCUGGAGCUAGCCGCGAAUGGUGCAGGUCUUUCAUCUGGAUGGUUCAGACGUCGCGUGGGUAGUGCGAGCUGCAUUGAAGCAACUACGUGCCGCCAACGAGCUGCUGCUAGUCAAGAACAGGAAGAGCUCUUCGUGGUAGAGCUAGUCGAGCCGACAGAUUUGGUCGGCAUUCGCAUUCAGCUAGAAGGCGGCCAAAACCCUGCGGUACUCGCCUACAAUCGUCCGAACAGAGAGUUCUGUCAGCGUACCUGGUUCGGAUUGACCAAUCGUGGUUCUAUCAUGCAGGCCUUGCUCGGAGUGGACGGUUACUACUGCAAAGGAGGGUCUUGGACUGCCACACCGUUGGCAGGCAUGGUGCAUCCGGAGACUGGUGAAGUAGUUGAUAUCGGCGACAUCUGCCCUCCCAACCAUUUCUGCAUCGAAGGCGUUUCGCAGCCCACCGCAUGCCCCGUGUACGCCCACCUGUGCAUGCUGGUCCUCGCAGAGUUCGCAACGAAUUCCGCAGAAGUAGACUGA